AUGUCGAAUUUGUCAAAGCUUGAGUUUGUGGCACUUGAUAUCUCCGGAAAGAAUCACCUAUCAUGGGUACUCGAUGCUGAAAUGCACCUAGACGCCAAAGGUCUUGGUGCCACGAUUACUCAAAAUAAUACAGCAUCGAGUCAAGACAAAGCGAAGGCAAUGAUUUUCCUUCGUCAUCAUCUGGAUGAAGGAUUGAAAGUUGAAUACCUGACAGUGAAAGAUCCACUUGAAUUGUGGACUGGUUUGAAGGAAAGAAUUACGUCCCAAUUGAAAUUAUGUGGGGAUAAUAUAACUGACGAGGAUAUGUUGGAAAAGACUCUUACGACUUUUCAUGCCUCCAAUUUGGUAUUACAACAACAGUACCGUGAAAGGGGUUUUAAAAAGCAUGCUGAUUUGAUAUCAUGUCUUCUUGUAGCUGAGCAGCACAAUACCCUUUUAUUGAAAAAUCAUGAAGCCCGUCCCACUGGAACUGCUCCAUUCCCGGAAGCGAAUGUGGUAGCAACACAUGGCCCAACUGAAAGAAGAUAA